AAAGGUCACAGUGUCAGAGAGAGAACUGGUGCAAUGAGAGUGGUUUUGUUUUUUCUUUAAAUCUGUGAUGGAGGCUGGUUUUCUCACCUUUAUUGUUGUUUCUAUCGUUGUGGUAUAUUCUUGCCAUGUUGGCAUCACAGACUGGGACGAUGUUGUCGUGGUCAGAGAAGGAAUGCUUACCACCUUGGUCUGUAAUGAUGCAACUGUGAGAGGUGGUGUAACCAUUAACUGGAAGGUGAAGUUAUUUUGUGCGGAUGAGUGGAAGCUGAUUAUCUCAGCCACUGAAAAUGAAAAGUUCUCUGGAGGUGCCUUGAAGCCAUCCAUGCAACUGACUGACCCUAACUUUCAAGACACUGGGGUUUUCUCACUGUCAUUAAAGCCCGAAGCAGCAGACAUUGGUUUCUACUCAUGCUUGAUCAAACAACAAGAGAGGAAACUGAAGGAGAAGAUGAUCCUUUUAGCUAUCCUCACAGUCAAAGUCUUCCCUGCUGCACCCAUUCCUCAGCACAGCACCCUGCGGCUGAUUGCCAAUGUCACUCCUGACAUUGCCUUCACAAAAGUCACCUGGGCAGGACCUGGUGGCGUUCCACUGAUGAGCAAGAAAAUGUCAAAGACAGACUCUAUGGCUAAACUACCGCAAGUUCUGAGCAACGAUGGUGGUGUUUAUGUCUGUAUGGUUUACCCCCGGGGUAACGGCAGCAGCUUUUUCUUUGCUUUCAAUGUGGAUGUUGUAGUUGCUGCUGACAAAGUGGCCUCAUUCACCAAUAUAACACAUGGUCCUAUGAUCUCCACUGCCACUCAGGCUCACACAUCCUUCCCCUUAACCUGUCCUGGUGUCCAGGGGGACUAUGUGCAGCUGCACUGGCUUCCCCCUGACAGCAGAAGCCAAUCUAAUAUGAAAUCAGUGUACCAGUAUGACCGUUGGAGGGGUACUUUAAUGAUUGACCAAAACAAGAGACUACAGAUGGCUGGUCCACCCUACAAUCCAGAGACUGGGAGCUUUUCCUUUCUGCUUACCCCUGACUGGAAAGAUGGUGGGCUCUACAUCUGCGAAGUCUUGCUCAAUGACAACAUUUUCAGCCAGAGGACCUUGCUCACCGUGCUGAAAGUUAAAACCAAGGAGUAUUCCAGGAACCUGGAAUUGGUGUGCCUCUACUCAGAGCGGUCCCAGGUCCGAAGAGCCGAGUGGAAACAUCACAAUAAGAGUCGAAAGCUAAACAUGUCAAGCAGCAGCCCUGGCACCAUCACCACCAUUCUACCCGUGCCCAUCACCUCUGACAUAGCUGGGAACUACACCUGCGUCCUCUACCUGAAAAAUGGGCAGGUCAUUCAGGCAACACAAGCUGUCACAGUGCCUGCAAAGGGUGACAGUGUCAGUGUCACCACCCCCUCCCUGCUCCCUUCUCUCUCUGCUUUAUUACUCCUGGUGCCCCUGGUUGCCGCAGCUGUCGGUGUGUUGCUAUGGAGACAGAAACACAUUUCGGAUCGUGGUAUUGAGCAGUCUCUGUCUGUCCAGAGAGAAGCAGAGAACAUCUAUGAGAAUCCUGAAGAUAUUAGACAGGCCCCUCCCCAAGGUUCAGUCUACAUGGAUUUGAAGCCAAGAGGAGAGGAUGAUGUCUAUAAGGAACUGGAGCGAUACGAGCAGUGUCAGAGCUGAUCACCUACCCACAUCUCCCCCAUAUCCAGCUGUCACAUCCGCUCAGUUCCCAGCUGCUGCAGAAGGCCUUUUUAAACACAAGUAACAGCUGAAUGUCAGAGUUGGGAUUUAAAGACAAACUUCAGUGCUUUAGAGACAUGCUACACAGUUGUUUAAAUGUUUUCUUGUUUUUUUGUAUUCUAAGUGAUUGUUAAGUUGCAAAAGGGAGUAAAUCAUUUUCUCAAAAGGUUCCAAAAUGGGUCCACAUCUAUAGCAGAUGAUAUAGUACCCUAUGUCAAAUUAUCUUUUCAUGAGUUUACUUGCUAUUAUAUUUGCUUUUAUGUUGUAUUUAUUUCAUUUAACAUUGUACCAGUUGUG